GACUGCCCUGUCACAUAGAAGAAGUUUUAAUCAUUUAAACGAAGGCUGGGAACAAGCUGAGCCGUGUCUGUGAAGUUUACUUCUCCUGCACUGGACUAGAAUGGAAAGCUGCAGGAAACAUGGUACUUGACAAUAUUGCCGUGCCUGGGGAGCUUGAGAACCUGGACAUUGAAGAAGACGAUGAGGUGGAACUUGUUGAUAUGCCAUCAUGGACAAGUGACCGCGGUAGCAAGGUUCUUGUAAAUGUGGAUAGCUUUGGAGCUGUUGGAGAUGGAGUGGCUGAUGACACCCAGGCCUUCAAAAAUGCGUGGAACACAGCCUGCUCCACACGACAGUCAGUUUUCUUGGUUCCUCCAGGACGCCGUUAUUUAAUUAAUGCAACAAGAUUUCAGGGGCCAUGUGCUGAUAGUUUGGUCAUUCAGAUUGAUGGAACAAUAGUCGCCCCAGAUGAGCCUAAAAACUGGGAUCCAAAUCUCUCACGACUCUGGCUUGAUUUCUCAAAGCUGAAAGGGGUCCUUUUCCAGGGGGGUGGAGUCAUUGAUGGCUCGGGCAGUCAAUGGUGGGCUGCGUCUUGCAAAAAGAACAAGUCAAAUCCUUGCAGAGGGGCACCAACAGCAUUGACUAUAGAUUCGAGCUCAGCUGUAAGCGUAAAAGGCCUUACUAUUCAGAACAGCCAACAGAUGAAUUUUGUCAUUUCCCGGUGUCAAUCUGUGAGAAUAUCUGAAGUACUAGUCUCAGCUCCUGGAGACAGUCCAAACACUGAUGGAAUCCAUAUCUCAGAUUCCACUAAUGUUAUACUCCAAGACUGCAAAAUUGGAACAGGUGAUGAUUGCAUUUCAAUUGUCAAUGGUAGCUCUGCUAUCAAAAUGAAGAGAAUUUAUUGUGGACCAGGACAUGGAGUCAGUAUUGGAAGCCUUGGGAAGGACAACUCGACAGGCAUAGUCACAAAAGUGGUCUUGGAUACAGCAUUCCUUAGGGAAACUACUAAUGGCCUCAGGAUUAAGACUUGGCAGGGAGGUUCGGGUUAUGUUCAUGGGGUACGUUUUGAAAAUGUCAGGAUGGAAGAUGUAGCAAAUCCCAUAAUUAUUGAUCAGUUCUACUGUGAUUCCCCAACAGCCUGUCAGAAUCAGACAUCAGCUGUGAAAAUAAGUGAGAUCAUGUACCGGAACAUUACUGGGACUACAAAGAGCUCGAAAGCGAUGAAAUUCGCCUGUAGUGACACUGUCCCCUGCAGCAGCAUAGUCUUGAGCAAUGUCAACUUAGAGAAGAAGGAUGGAACAGUUGAGACCUACUGCAAUUCUGCCCAAGGUUUCGGGUAUGGCUUUGUGCAUCCUUCGGCAGACUGCCUAAGUUCCCAGGACAACAAAGAUGCUGAGCUAGCAGAACCCAUAACAGAUGACAUUAGUUCCGAGGACAAAUAUGCCGAGCUAGCAGAAGUCAUAACAGACGAUAUCAUUCACACUGAGCUCUGAGGCUUCUAUUCCUAUAGACACUGAAAUAAUUAUGUGAUAGAAUAUUAAUUUGGUACGUGGACAGUAGAUAAUACUAGGAUAGGUUGAGGUGGAUUGAGGUGACCAAGUAAACAUUUUAUGGGAAGUUACGGAUGUUAUAUAGUUAUAUACAGAAACUGCACUAAUACUGUUGAUACACAGAAAACAUAAGGCAAUUGUAAGAUGCAGUUAAAUAUUAA